AUGGAUCUUCUGUGGUAUGGCUUCCCUUGGCAUGCCCAGCAACUCUAUCGAGAGUGCAGACGCCAGUGUCACAUUGCUUUCUCUGCCCACUCAAUCACCGUCAGCCUUCGGUGCUUGCUCGAAGGGACCUGGCACUUUGUGUUCUCGAUCCUGUCCUCCAGUGCGGUGAUUGUGGCAAAGCUUUUUCAAUCGAUGCAGCUACUCUUCCACACUUUGGCAUGGUACGUUUGUCCCGAGCGCGUGGCAGAGUUGGGUGCUCCCCUAUCCCGGCGAGUGGGGCCGUUGCUCUUUCACAUCGGCUCACCCUUGCAGUAUUCCCACUCUGUGACUUCCAUUAUGGGCGUGGUAAACAGCGCGGUCAGGGGAACCCGCCUUCGGGACUGGCGAUUGCGGCACUUGCCGGGAGGUGACGGAUCUCUGCUUGCGGUACAAGGCUCUGGAUUUUUCCUCGUGCGGUCAAGCGCCAUCAGACGAUGCGUACCUGCACGUGAAGCAGACGUCUUUCUGGCUUGGCAAGCGCGGGGGAACUGGGAAAGGGUGGAGCUUCGUCUUGUCCGGCCCACCCUCAGAACGGAGAGCGCCAGACACGAGAUGCGCCGUCGCUUCGUACUCUGCCUUUACCGGAGGACGGCGCCUUACUGCAAGGUGCUACGACUCAGGAGCCGGCGCGCGGCUCUCUGUGCCUUCAGCUUUGCGCAGGAAUGCAUUUCUAGCUGGGUGAGAGCCCAAGUACAGACCCAAAUGGCUCCAGAUACUCCCAGGUUGCGGCUGCUUAGGCGGGUGCAUCGAUCUGCUGCGGUUCGUGCAUCCAAUGCAUAG